ACAAUUUGUUACUUGUAUUUCUAAAUUAGUUUUUUUUUUUCCAAUACCUACUGAACUGAAUCUGCUAAGUGAUACAAUGAGGAAACCGCCGAACACGAUAAAGCCAUAAAACAGACCGACGACGCCCCGUCGGUCAGCUGGCUGGAUCACGUGUGCAGCGAUCACAUGACCGCAGGUCUUUAUGCGUUUGUUUGGGAAGUCGGCGGCGCAGCGGGACGAUGGCUGAGAGGGACGACACAGAGAACUAUGUCAGCGAAUAUGAGCCACUCCAGCCCCGAGUGGACGGCGCCUCUCCGAGGCCGAUGGCCGCGAUCUGUGACCCGAGCAAGCUGGCUCACCGAGUGGUAGUGCUGGUGUUCAUGUGCUUUCUCGGCUUCGGGAGUUACUUCUGCUAUGACGGCCCGGCCGCCCUCCAGGUACAGGUCCGACAGGACAUGCAGCUGACCACCUCCGGCUUCAUGCAGCUCUACGCCUGGUACUCCUGGCCCAACGUCAUCCUCUGCUUCUUUGGAGGCUUCAUUCUGGACCGAGUGUUUGGUGUGCGGUUGGGAACGGUCAUCUUCUCCCUGUUCGUGUGCAUUGGACAGGUCAUAUUUGCGGCUGGUGCGUUGUGGAAUGCCUUUUGGUUGAUGGAACUUGGACGGUUUGUGUUCGGGAUCGGGGGCGAGUCUCUGGCCGUGGCUCAGAACACGUAUGCGGUCAGCUGGUUUAAGGGGAAAGAGCUCAACCUGGUGUUCGGUCUGCAGCUCAGCAUGGCCCGGCUGGGCAGCACGGUGAAUAUGAAUAUUAUGGGAUGGGUUUAUGGCCGCAUGGAAAGCCUGCUCGGAUCAGCUGGUCAUGUGACCCUGGGAGUCUCGCUGAUGAUUGCGGGUGUGACCUGCGUGUUCUCGCUGGUCUGCGCGCUGAUCCUGGCUUUCCUCGACCGACGGGCUGAGAGGAUCUUAAACAAGGAGCAGGGCAAGACCGGGGAAGUGAUCAAGCUGACGGAUGUGAAGGACUUCUCCUUAUCGCUGUGGCUCAUCUUCAUCAUCUGCGUGGCAUACUACGUGGCCGUCUUCCCUUUCAUCGGCCUGGGACAGGUUUUCUUCAUCGAGAAGUUCAACUUCACUCCUACUCAAGCAAGAGCUGUGAACAGUAUCGUGUACAUCAUCUCCGCCCCGGCCUCGCCCCUCCUGGGCUUCCUGGUGGAUAAGACGGGGAAGAACAUCGUGUGGGUUCUGUGUGCCGUGGCGUCCACACUCACCGCACACAUCAUGCUCGCCUUCACCUUCUGGAACCCCUGGAUCGCCAUGUGUCUGCUGGGCGUGUCCUACUCCCUCCUGGCCUGUGCGCUCUGGCCAAUGGUGGCCUUCCUGGUCCCGGAGCACCAGCUGGGGACAGCCUAUGGAUUUAUGCAGUCCAUUCAGAACCUGGGCCUGGCCCUCAUCGCCAUGGCGGCGGGGGGCAUCCUGGACAGCAGCGGAUACCUGUUCCUGGAGGUGUUCUUCUGCGCCUGCGUCUGCUUGGCCCUGAUCGGCGUGGUAACUCUGUACUUUGUGGACUACGUGAGAGGAGGAGAUCUCAACCUCUCUGCCUCGGCUCGAGCCAAGCUGCUGAAGAACAAGACUGACUCAGAGGAAAAGACUCGUCAGAAAGACGGGAAGCUCUCCCCGCUCCGGCCCUUAUCCGCCUUCGGCCUGAGGAACCGCUACCUGUCCCGCCUUGGAGCUCAGCUCCCCGGACAUUUCUCCAGCCACCGCUCGUCACUGGGCCACCGGAGUGUGCUGAAGUAACGCUCGCUCUGGGAUCGGCUCGUAAGCCUGGGCCACCGGAGUGUGCUGAAGUAACGCUCGCUCUGGGAUCGGCUCGUAAGCCUGGGCCACCGGAGUGUGCUGAAGUAACGCUCGCUCUGGGAUCGGCUCGUAAGCCUGGGCCACCGGAGUGUGCUGAAGUAGCGCUAGCUCUGGGAUCCACUCGUAAGCCUGGGGGGAGGGCGGUGGGGCCACACGGGGGGAUCCGCUCGGUCGUCAGAGAUCCCCCUUCAGUUGCAUCACAGUGCAGAACCUCCCGCAGCCCUCUGCUUCAUUCAGCGGCAGAGACCGUAUGUUCUGUUUCUGGAACAGCUGGGAACCGGGGGUGUGUAUGGCUGUUCUAGAGGAACCUCAGGGGGGUUCUACACGGCACGUGCUCACUUCCUGAAUUUAUGUUUGAGGAUUUUUCACUUACUGACCAUGACCUGGCGAAACCCUGUUCAGAUUAGUAUGGAAGUUAAAUGUAAGGAGACUAAUGCAGUCUGUUAGGAUGUAUUAACAUGUUAAUGUUGUGUGUUUGUUGUUGCACCGGGGAUGGUGUCCGAUUGGGUCACAGUGGCUGUUGUGUUGUUGGAGUCUCAGUCUGUGUUCUUAAACAUUGCCUUUUCACACAUUGGCAUAAGAUUCUUCACUUGAAUUGGCCAAGAUUGACCAUUAAUGGUCACUUCUAUGCUGAAAAAUAUAAUUCGCUUCCUGGAUUUGCUAUAUUUAGUUCCAUUUGUUAUAUUUGUAAAGCUUUUUCUGGAGAUAAAAUAGGAGCGUGGCGUAGCUCUUUGGCACAAAAAUACUGGAGAAGACGACAGCCAAUUAAGGCAAAGAAACGACGGGAGUGAAAUUCAGUACGCACUGAAUUCAGCCGUGGUCAGGCCUGCUUAAUUAACCUUUCCUUAAUAAUUUUCCAACAGCACCAAUGAUAUUUUUUUCUUAGUGAAGGUCAAUUGCGUUUGAAUGUCUUAACUGUUUGCAUGGAAGUGAGAGGAAAUAUGCCUUAAAGCUAUAUGCGGAAAUGUCCUGUCUUUUAAAAACUGAAACCUGUAAAUGUCAAUUGUGAAUAAAAUGGAAUAAGUUUAUUGGUUAUAUUGCGGGUGAAUAGAUAUUCAGUAAUAUAACAGGCUGUUAUGAGCAUAUUAUAAUAUGAUACUUGCACUGUAUGAUCAUUUCUGUGGGAGGUCUGUCCUCAGGUUACACCUGUGUGUGCGUACGUGUGUGUGCGUACGUGUGUGCGUACGUUU